UUGAGCUUUCGGUCACGCUACUGGUCACAUUGGCCCGCGGUUGGAAACGCGAGUUGUUGUUGUUCCAGUUGGAAGCGGAGUGUACGAAAGAAUUCGAUUUUGUAAAGCUACAAAAUGCAUAGAGCACACACAGCCUUUAGUCUGGCGUUAUCGCCGAUGGCGCAUAAAAACUUUGCCACAUGGCUGCUCAACAGCAGCAGCAGUCAAAAGCUAAUCAAGGCAACCGCUGCUGCCGCUGUGCGCACCUACAACUCGGCUGCCGCGGAACCCUUCGCCAAUGGCAGCACCGCCACCUACGUGGAGGAGAUGUACAACGCCUGGCUGCGUGAUCCCAGCUCGGUGCAUACUUCAUGGGAUGCUUACUUCCGCAGCAACACGUAUGUGAGUCCACCAAAUUUGGCGCCCGUGCAGGCAAACACGUUGCCAUUGACCGCUUUCAAUUUGGGAGGCGCUGCGAGCGCUGCACCCGACUCGAAGACCAUCGAUGAUCAUCUGGCUGUGCAGGCGAUCAUUCGCAGCUAUCAGUCACGUGGUCAUUUGGCAUCUGAUCUGGAUCCGCUCGGAAUUUUAACACGCGAAAAAACCGUUUGCAAGGAUGGCCUUGCACGUCGUGCUAACGAAGAUGUGCUCAGGCAGCAUUCUGGGUUUUUGUUUGGCGAACAAGACAUGGAACGUCAAUUCAAGCUGCCCAGCACCACAUUUAUUGGCGGUGAUGAGGCUUCGUUGCCACUGAAGGAAAUCCUCAACCGUUUGGAGAACGUCUACUGCAACAAGAUUGGCGUUGAGUUCAUGUUCAUCAACUCGUUGGAGCAGUGCAACUGGAUUCGCAAGCGAUUCGAGACUCCCGGCGUUCUCAACUUCUCGCCCGAGGAGAAGCGUCUGAUUUUGGCCCGUUUGACACGUGCCACCGGUUUUGAGGCCUUCUUGGCCAAGAAAUACUCGUCGGAGAAGCGUUUCGGUCUGGAGGGUUGUGAGAUCAUGAUUCCCGCCUUGAAGGAGAUCAUUGAUGUGUCCACCGAACUGGGCGUUGAGUCCGUUAUUAUGGGCAUGCCACAUCGUGGUCGCCUCAACACUUUGGCCAACGUCUGCCGCAAACCCUUGAACCAGAUCUUCACUCAAUUCGCUGGCCUCGAGGCCGCUGAUGAUGGCUCUGGUGAUGUCAAGUACCAUUUGGGUACAUACAUUGAGCGUUUGAACCGCGUCACAAACAAGAACAUUCGCCUUGCGGUUGUGGCCAAUCCCUCGCAUUUGGAGGCCGUCGAUCCCGUUGUCCAGGGCAAGACACGCGCCGAGCAAUUCUAUCGCGGCGAUCAGGAGGGCAAGAAGGUUAUGUCCAUACUCAUUCACGGCGAUGCCGCCUUCUGCGGCCAAGGUGUUGUCUACGAAACGAUGCACUUGUCGGAUCUGCCCGACUACACCACCCACGGCACCAUUCACGUGGUGGCCAACAACCAAAUUGGCUUCACCACCGAUCCACGUUUCUCGCGCUCCUCGCCCUACUGCACAGACGUCGCUCGCGUCGUCAACGCUCCCAUUUUCCACGUCAACGCCGAUGAUCCAGAGGCUGUGAUGCAUGUGUGCAAGGUGGCUGCUGAGUGGCGUGCCACUUUCCACAAGGAUUGUGUCAUUGAUUUGGUCGGCUAUCGUCGCAACGGUCACAACGAGAUUGAUGAGCCCAUGUUCACGCAACCCCUGAUGUACCAGAAGAUUCGCAAGCACAAGAACUGCUUGGAUCUGUAUGCUGAUAAACUGAUUGCCGAGGGCACCGUUACCGGUGAGGAGGUCAAGUCUGUGGCCGCCAAGUACGAGAACAUUUGCGAGGAGGCCUUUGCGCUGGCCAAGACCGAGACGCACGUCAAGUACAAGGACUGGUUGGACUCGCCCUGGUCUGGUUUCUUUGAGGGCAAGGACCCAUUGAAGGUGGCGCCCACUGGUGUUAAGGAGGAGACACUGAUUCACAUUGGCAACCGUUUCUCGUCGCCACCACCCAACGCUGCUGAAUUCGUUAUCCACAAGGGUUUGAUGCGUGUUCUGGCCGCUCGCAAGACCAUGGUUGAUGAGAAGAUCGCCGAUUGGGCUUUGGGCGAGGCCAUGGCCUUUGGCUCGCUGCUCAAGGAGGGCAUUCACGUGCGUCUCUCCGGUCAGGAUGUCGAGCGUGGCACAUUCUCGCAUCGUCAUCACGUGCUUCACCACCAGCUGGUCGACAAGGCCACAUACAACUCGCUGCAGCACAUGUAUCCCGAUCAGGCUCCCUACUCCGUGUCGAACAGUUCGCUGUCCGAGUACGCUGUCCUGGGCUUUGAGCACGGCUAUUCGAUGACCAACCCCAAUGCCUUGGUGUUGUGGGAGGCGCAGUUCGGUGAUUUCAGCAACACCGCACAGUCGAUCAUCGAUCAGUUCAUCUCCAGCGGCCAGUCGAAAUGGGUGCGUCAAUCCGGUUUGGUUAUGUUGUUGCCCCACGGUAUGGAGGGCAUGGGACCUGAGCACUCGUCGUGCCGCGUUGAGCGUUUCCUGCAAAUGAGCAGCGAUGAUCCCGACUACUUCCCACCCGAGUCGGAUGAGUUUGCCAUCAGGCAGCUGCAUGAUAUCAACUGGAUUGUGGCCAAUUGCACAACGCCAGCGAAUUACUAUCACAUCUUGCGUCGCCAGAUUGCUUUGCCCUUCCGCAAACCUUUGAUCUUGUGCACACCCAAAUCGCUGUUGCGUCACCCGGAGGCCAAGUCGCCGUUCAGCGAGAUGAGCGAGGGCAGCGAGUUCCAGCGCAUCAUCCCCGAUCGCGGACCAGCUGGCGAGAAUCCCAGCAACGUGAAGAAGGUUGUCUUCUGCACGGGUCGCGUCUACUACGAUCUGACCAAGACGCGUGCCGACAAGCAGCUGGAGAAGGAUAUUGCCAUCGUGCGUGUGGAGCAGGUAUCUCCCUUCCCCUUCGAUCUGGUCAAGGAGCAGGCCAAUUUGUACAAGAACGCUGACCUCGUCUGGUCCCAGGAGGAGCACAAGAACCAGGGCUGCUGGUCGUAUGUGCAGCCACGUUUCCUCACCGCGCUGAACCACAGCCGUGACAUCAGCCAAAGCGAUGAACAAUCCACCUUCUCCAAUACAACUACUACUACUACCACUGAUAAUACGAAUACUAAUCAAGAUACCGAUUCCGAAACUGAUUCCGAUCAAAAAUCGAAACCCUGGCUAAGUCGCAUGUUUGCCUCGAAUAAAAGUGACAGUGCAACAACCGGUGGCAGUGCUGCAACUGCAACUGCAACUGGCGAGUUUAAUGCCGCCAAGCAUUUCGAUUUAAAGAAUGUACGCCACGAUUUCAAUAGGCCCGCGGGCGUCGCGGCCGCUCCGGGCGUGCGCCAUGCAAAAACCGGACGUAAAAUUAGCUAUGCUGGACGCGCCUCCAGCGCCUCGACGGCCACCGGAUCGAAGGCCCAGCACAUUCGGGAAUUGAAUGCGCUGUUGAACGAUGCGAUUUCCACCUAAGGAGAAAAGAAGGGAGAAAACGAUCAGCUCAACGGUGUUAUGGAUGGUUGAUGAGUUUUAUGAGAAAUGAAUAUUAAUUAUGAUUAUAUAUGAGUAUAUUUUGUAAUAGAAACGUAACGUAUGCAGAUACGAUCUUUGAUACGAGUUUUUUCGGACGAAAUUGUUAAGUGCAUUGUGUGAAAGUAAUGAAAUGAAAAUAAUGAUGUUAAAUAUUAGUUUAGUGAAAUUGAAUGAGCAACAAAAACAAGAACACGAAAUUGUUUAGUGUUUUUAAACAAUACAAUACAACAACAAACACUACAAUUCACACACAAAACACCCUCCACUCCCCCCUCUACACUCAAAACUCUAGUAGUUUAUAAUAAUAAAAA